AUGGCAUUCAAGGCACCCUGGAAGACCAAUCGAAGAAAGCUGGACAUCACACCCCUGCUGGUGACGAACCAGUGUCCCGAGCCCAUCUGGCCUGGUAUUGGAACGCAGUCUGGCACAGGUCCAGGUGAGACUGGCUUCAAGCUUGAACCCGGGGAGACGAAGAACCAGACUGUAUCAGAGGACUGGCAGGGUCGCGUAUGGGGCAGAACGAACUGUACCUUCAACGAAGAUGGCACUGCUGCCGCAUCGGGCCGUGGAAAGGCUUGCACAUCCGGCGACUGCAAUGGCGCCUUGAACUGUCAAGUCGGAGGAGACGUACCCGUUUCGCUUGCCGAGUUCACAUUGGACGCUGGCGAUGGCAACACAUACUACGAUAUUUCGCUUGUCGAUGGUUACAAUGUCCCCAUGGCAAUUGUCCUCCAGCCGCUCGACAAUGUCACGCUCGACGACAUCCCUCCAAACCUCACCAACCCGUCAUGCCAAGGCACAGAUGGGCUCCUCGCUGCCCAAGGUUACAACCCGUACCCAGAAUUCCCCAACUUCCUCCACACGAACACAUCAUACCCGCUGUCCUUCGACCAGGACGUAGACGAGAAUAAGAUCUCCAAGUGGUGUCCGUGGGAUCUACAGCAAAGCCCUCCCGAGAAGCCCGGCGACGGCGUAUAUCCAUACCCUGACGACAACAUCCAACGGCCGCAAUUCAAUCCAUGCUUCUCCGCAUGCGCGAAGAACAACCAGCCCAAAGACUGCUGUACAGGCAAAUACAACUCCCCGAAUAAAUGCGAACCGAGCGAAUAUUCCAAGAACGUGAAGGCAGUCUGCCCAGAUGCUUACAGCUAUGCAUUCGACGACCAAUUCUCCACCUUCAUUAUUCCCUCUGGCGCCGGCUUUGAGGUCGUAUUUUGUCCUGGUGCGCGUUCCACAACCAUCCUUGCGACAAGUCGAGAUAAGAUGUUGGCGUUGGCGCAGAGUGGGAGAGUGGAGAGACAGGCUACGAUGAUGAUGAGCGAGGCCAUGAGUGACGAGGUUAAAAGAAGCGCUACAUCGAAGACAUCCCGGCUGGAUGGUAGCACGCUCGGGUUUGCCCUCGUUGCGAUGGCUGUAGCUUCGGUAAGACACCUUUGGUAG